UUGAGAUCAACCAGUGGUGGGGCCGCCGCCUUGUGGCAAAGCCCGGUAGCGUUCGUUGUCGUGCCCAACCAUGGACGUUGACGACGACAAAGACAACGACAGCAGCAGUACCACGUGCUUCUUCCUUCAAUGCCAAGGCGACACUGUUCCUGGCCACUGGGCGUGCCUCGAACAUACCGACAAGCCACGGUGCAUGGUCCAGUCCUGUCGUAACAUGGUGUACGCACGGCAGCGGUGCGUUCACCACGGCGGCAAGAAGAUGUGCUCGGUCCCUGGGUGCGGCAUCACAAGACGACUGGGUGACUUUUGCUCCAAACACGCGCCGCUCAAGAAGCGGUGCAGCACCGACGGAUGUGAAACGCUCGCUCAUUUACAAGGCAAGUGUGUCCGUCAUGGCGGGGGCCGGUUGUGCAAAGUCGACGAGUGUACGUCCCAUGCAAGAAACGGACCGUACUGCGGCCGACAUUUCAAGCUACACGGCCCGCCCGUAGCGGCACCACCACUGAGGGCGGCGGCGCCGACGACCAGCGGCAAGAUGAAGGCCCCGGUGAAUCGAAUGUUGGAACCAUUGCCAUUGCCGCCAGAGCACCAUCCACAAUUCCAUGCAGUUGAAAAGUUGAGUUCAAGCCAUGAACAUGAUGACUCGUCGAUCAUACUCCACCAGUACGUGUCUUCGCCGCCGUCAGAAUUGCUGCAGUUGGACUUGAAUGACGACAGCGGCUUCGAAGAUGACGACGCGAUGCAUGGCAGACGAAGAUUUAUGUAGGCGUAUAGAGAUAUUUAAUACAAGACUGGACGUGGAUUUACC